AUGACAAAAGCAGAUGAUUCUCCAGCGAACAUGGUUAUCCACUUUGAUCUCAAGCUAAAAAACGAGAACUCGGCAAUAGGUCUUCAUUACCCCGAUCAACUCAACAUCACGUUUUCUUACUUCCCAAAUGUAUCCAUGAUUGUUAAUUUAGCAGACUACAAGUUGAAUAGUUUUUAUCAGGGUAAUGGGAAGACUAGGCACGUGAGAGACGUGGUGGAAACAAACAGCUUCCCCAGAGUGUUGGAAGGCACAGAUUUUAUAGUUUUUCGAGUGGAUUUGGUGGCUUCGAAUAGGUACAAAAAGGCUGGAACCAAGAGGCAUAAGGUGGAGUUGGGAUGUCUUGUGGGUGUAAAUGUUACAGAUACCACAAAAAUGCAAAGGGGGUUUAUUCGAUUGGUUGAGCCAGGUCUUGAUUCCAAGCUGAAGAAGAAACCUCCACCUGAAUAUAAUGGUGCUUAUCUCUGA